GAGCUGCCGGGGCUUGUCCGGCUGUACCACGCGGUGAGUGCCCGUCCUGCACCCUGCCCUCCCCUCACCACCUCCAGCGUGUCCAGCCCCCCAAAUCCAGCAGAAGGUGAGCAGAGGGAGCACCCGGAUCCCUGCCCUCCGUCUCGGAGCCCCCUGCUCGGCAGGGAUGGGGGACUGGAGCGUGCCCAUCGGCGCCCUGGGCGAGGAGGUGGUGGCCCGGCUGUGUGAGCUCCUGGAUAACGCGGGCCGGGGCUGGCGCAAGCUGGCUGAGCUGGCCGGGGCUGAGAAACGCUUCAAGUGCAGCGCGGAGGAGCUGGAGAUGUGCUCGCUGAAGGUGCUGGAGCCCCGCGGCAGCCCCACGCAGUGCCUGCUGCAGCUCCUGGCCGAGCGCGACUGCACCCUCAAGUACCUGCUGGGCUGCCUGGAGCAGAUGGGGCACACAAAGGCCUGCCGGGUCCUCAGCGCUGCCGUCCAGGACAUGAUCCACAUCACGGUGCAGCCGGAGUCACAGGUGGUGGUACAGGGGACACGAGUGUCCCUGACCUGCUGUGCCACCGGCCCGCCGGGGCUCAUGUACCAGUGGUUCUGUGGGAAACGGGAGGUGCCUGGAGCCACGUCCCCGGAGCUGGUGAUCGACACGGCCACCCCGCCGGGCCAGCCCGAGUGGUACAUCUGCCGGGUGAACUGUGGGGCCACCUUCGCCUUCUCCAGGUGGGCCCACGUCCAGGUGGAGAAGAGCAGCAGCCCCAGCUCCAGCCAGUGGCUACUGCCCGAGCAUGGCAGGGCUGCAGAUCCUGCGGCAGCCACGGCCGUGCCGCCUGGCCGAGGGGGACACGCUGGCCUGGAGUGCAGAGCCAUCGGCAACCCCCCGCCCCAGUACCAGUGGUUCAGGAACCGACGUCCUGUGGAGGGGGCUCAGGCACCUCAGCUCCAGGUGAAGCUGGUGACAACGGCCGAGCGGGGCAGCUACUGCUGCCGAGUGUUCAACCUCUUCCACGAGGUGUGGAGCCAGGAGGUAGAUGUGGAGAUCGGCCCACGGCUCUUCACCUCUGGAGGCUCCUGGCAGGAAGGGGAUGGAGGCUCCCCAGAGUGUGGCAAUCCCGGCCAGUUGUAUGCCACGGACAAAGUGGCGCUGCUGAUCGGCAACAUGCACUACCUGCACCACAAGCAGCUGCAGGCGCCCAUGGUGGACGUUCAUGCCCUCAGUGCCCUCCUCCGCCAGCUCGACUUCAAGGUGGUCUCACUGCUGGACCUGUGCAAGGCUGAGAUGCAGAUGGCUGUCAACGAAUUCCUCCUCCUCCUCGACAAGGGCGUUUAUGGUUUGCUCUACUACGCCGGGCACGGCUAUGAAAAUUUUGGCAACAGCUUCAUGGUGCCCAUUGACGCGCCCAGUGCCUACACGUCGGCACACUGCCUGUGCGUGCAGAGGGUGCUGCGGGCGAUGCAGGAGCGCCGCACCGGCCUCAACACCUUCCUGCUCGACAUGUGCCGCAAGAGGAACCUCAAUGACGAUGUCAUCCCGCAGGUCGGGGCGCUGGAGGUCACGGCCAAUAUCGUCUUUGGCUAUGCCACGUGUGCGGAUGCCGAAGCCUAUGAGCUGAGCCAGGGCGAGCUCUCCAACGGCAUCUUCGUCACCUUCCUCAAGCGCUGGCUGCUGGAGGACGAGAAGAUCACGGUGCUGCUGGACAAGGUGGCCGAGGACAUGGGCACGCUGGAGAUCACGCGGGGCCGGCAGGCGCUGGAGCUUCGCAGCAACCUCUCGGAGAGACGAGCUCUGACGGACCCCAUCCGCCCCCCGGGCCGGGACGAGACCUCUGCCAGGAACCUGCAGUGGGCCAAGGCUCAUGUGCUGCCGGAGAGCCGGCACCUCCGCUUCGACUGCGGCGUCACCGUCCAGCUGGGCUUCGCCGCCGAGUUCUCCAACAUCAUGAUCAUCUACACGCGCGUGGUGGCCGCCCCCACGGACAUCACCAAGUGCGAGGCCAGGCUCACUGACAUCCCUGAGGAGCUGGACGUGGACCUCAAGUGCACCAACAAGGAGAGCCCGGAGGAGGUGGGCAGCCCCCUGGCACCUGUCUGGAGCCUCGGCUGCCCCUCCUGCUGCCUCUACAGCCGGAUCUGUGGCUUGCAGAAGCUGCGGCAGGAGCUGGCCUUCACCGUGUGCCUGCAGUACCGCUACCGGGGCAUGGACGACUUCGUGGAGGAGCGGCAGCGGGUGAGCGUGGGGCGGCCGCUCAUCGCCAAGCUCAACCUGCAGCAGGCGGCCUCGCCCUCCCCGCCCCGCAGCCCCCUCUCCUCCUCCCCCCCCGAGAGCUGGGGGGCAACAGGCAGCUCGUGGGUCAACACCCCUGAGGAGAACCUGAGCCCCGACGUCCCCAGCUCCCACACCCUGUAGAGGGACAGUGUGGCCCCCCCUUGUCACCGCAGUUCCCUGGAGCCACAUCUGUCCUGCUGGGGGGCCGGGGAUGGAGGGGGCGGGGGGGACGUGCACAGAGGUGGGUGUUGGGAGGGGCUGAGCCCCAUCUUGGCCUGUGCCAGGGGGUGUGGGGCUCGCAGCGCAGUACAGCUGGGACUGCUGGCCCCAGCCCCACAUCCCCUGGUAUGGCAGUGCCAGCCCCAUGUCCCUGGGUAUGGCAGUGCUGGCCCCACAUCCCUGGCCAGUGCCAGCCCCACAGUGCCAGGCCACCAGCGGGCAGCCCCGGGGGCAGAGUGCCCAGAGCCCACGGCUCAGCGAGCGUGAGGCGUCGCACUGGGGCAGGGCUGGGUUCCUUCAGGCCUGGGAGAAAUAGAGAGAAAUAAGCAGCUUAGGGGGCAAAUCCCAUGGGAGGGGAUUAGAAGGGGGGGGAGCAGGAGGGCUCCUGCUCUGCCACGAGGGACUGGGAGCACCCCCUAGUGCCCCCAGAGCUGCCCGUAGCACUUAGUCCCCCCAGGAAGACCCCAGGCACCAGCCCCAUCUUGACAGGGAGUGAUUUCAGGACAGGAUUGGGAUCUAAGGGGGAAAAACAUGCCAUUUUGCUUGGAUUUUUCCCAAACGCAGCCCCACAUACCGUGGUGGGCUCCAGUGGGUCUCCACCAGGAA